CACCUACCUGCCUGCGCUCUGUCUGUGAAUUUGGCAAAGUCCAAGCCUGUUUUCUAACCGCGUAAUGACGCAGACACCAAGAUUUGAAGUAGCCUACCUCCUCUGUUCACCCGUGCCUCUCCAUCUGAUUUCUCCUCUCUGUUGCAGAAUUCCACACCUCCCCUUGCUUCAACUUGCGCACGGCGAUCUUUAGCAGUGCCACGGAUUAAUGAGCGGCUCAUAGACGGUGAACCGGACUGCCCACAAGCGCAGGACUUAUUUGUCACGGAAAACGAGUAGGGGGAAUGAUGACCAAGCCUAUGUCCCGGUGUCUGGCUCACCGUUCCUAAAGAAGUCCUCUCAAGGAUGCUGCCUUCGAAUCGGAUCGAACGACAACCCCGGGCCUCGCUCCUGCCAGGGGUUCUCCUGUGUGUCAUUCUCGCCACUGUCAGUGCAAGCAUGCCAGCUGGGGAUAAGUGUCCGGACCACAUAGACUGUGCCCGCGCGGGGCGGCACUUCUGCAAACCUGGCACAUCCUACUGCGGUCCAUGUCUCAAUCCAUUGGACGAGAACGAGGAAGGAUUGUGUGUGGCAAGGAAGAGGCGCCAUCACUAUGGUAAAAUGACUUCCUUCUCUGCUCUAGAUGAAGAAAUUGACUUCCUUCACUCUGUCAUUGCCAAACAGGAAGUGUCGGAGGUCAAACAAUCAAAACAAUCAGAAACCCGUUCCAAGGGAGCUAGGACUCAGACGGAGGCUCUCAGAAUGAGAGGCCAGGUCCAACCCUCUGUGGGGCAGCCCACCACCACCCAGCCCUCCACCCAGACCCCCCAGCCUGCCACUGGGGCUCUGGGGAGGGUUGGAGCGGGAGGACCUGAUGGCCUCAUAGCCAUCCCAUACCCCUCCAAGGACAGUCUCCUCGUCAUUAUGAUCUCUGUGUGUGUCAUCGUUGGCGCCACGGCCUUGAUCUUGGCUACUGUUUUCUGGGUCAGGUUGCAGAAGGAAUCACGUCUGGCCCAGAAGGUAGAUUACCCUGCAUUUGGAGGCCAUGGGAAUGGAACAGCCAACAGGACUUCAUCGGGGGAUAAGAAGUUGGCCCAGAGUGCUCAGAUGUACCACUAUCAGCAUCAGAAACAGCAGAUGCUAUCCAUGGAAAAUCAUAAAUCGGAACCGAAAGUCACUGACUCAGAAGUCACAUCAGAUGAGGAGGAAGUGGACGGAGACUUCACUGUGUACGAGUGCCCUGGACUGGCACCGACUGGAGAGAUGGAAGUGAAGAAUCCUUUGUUUAACGACUCUACCCUACACUACCAGGGGAAUCCCAAGUGAAACCCAUAGAUUUUCAUGCAUGCACACACACACACUAUUUCUUGUACUCUGGAAAAGGAGCACCUGAACACUCCAAUCUCAGAACUGGAUGGGCUUAUAGAAGAAGGGAUAGAAUAGGAGAUGAAGAGGCAGGAGGUUGACAGAUUAUCUGUAUGUAUAUGGUAUCUAUAGAUCAGUCACAGCCCUUGUGGACUUCUAUGGGAACUACAGCCAUGCGUGAAACUCAACACAUAUGUCUCUAAUGGCACCCUACUCCCUAUGUAGUGCACUAUAUAGGGUAUAGGGUGCAAUUUGGGACAUAGAUAACCUGCCUGUAUCGUAGGACUUGGUCACUAGUAGGGUGUUUCUAUCAUACAAAAUGUCUAGUCCCCUGUCUUUUCCAGUAAAAGACACAGUGUUCCUUUGAAUAUAGUUUUGUUGUUUAAUUUCUUUGCACCUUUCCUUCGUCUUUUGAGCUCGUUUGUAAUUUAAUCUCACAACAAGAACAUUAUUAUGGGAAAUAGAUGUUUACAUUGCCAAAGUAAAUGAAAUAGACAAUAAACAAAAGAGAAAUAAACAAGAGAAAUACACAAUCAGAAAUUGACAGUAAACAUUACUCACAAAAGUUUUUAAAGAAUAUAGACAUUUCAAAUGUUAUAUUAUUGACACAGUGUUGUAACAAUGUGCAAAUAAUUCAAGUACGAAAGG